AUUAAGACACGUCCAGGAACUAGCUACAAAUAAAAACAUAAAACUAUCACAUAGCCAAACCUAAGUGUACUUUUCCGUACAAAAAACAUCUAAAGAAGCCAUGGAAAAUCUAGACUCCACGAUCGAUAGCAUGGAGAACAGCCGGUUCUCCGCUCUUUAUAGCGGUUUGAUCAAGGAGUUAGCUGCAACUUCGAAAAUGUCUACAUUGGACAUCACCUGUUUGCUUUGCGUUUACUACAAGUUCGUUAAGUUCAACGGGCCCUCAGCCAGGCAGAUGAAAAAGAGUCAGUUCUACCAGAUCUUCCUGGUGCUGUUCAACGUGUCCAAUGUCCAGGUCAUCGAACGGACACUCCUGGCCAUCACGAAGGACACGAAGUUCGUGAGUCCCCAAGCGUGGAUUGAUCUCUUCGAUCUCUACACAACCGAUGACCUUGAUGUUCGCAUGCGCUUUGCCUUCGACGUCUAUGACACCAAAGGCACCGGAGUUAUUGACCGCGAACAGGUGGGCGUGGCAUGCGGCCAUUUCUUUAGCGAAGGCGAUGACGAAGAUGAACUCGUUGAACUCAAGGCGGACAUGACAGAGUUUAUUAUGAAGAAGUUUGAUGUGGACAAGGAUGGAGUAAUCUCUUUUGAGGACUACUCCUCGGUGGUGUCCCAGCAGCCCAUUUUGGUUGAAUUCUUGGGCUGGCUUUUUCCGUCAAACGAAGAGAAGGAUCUUAUGGCCCAUGUCAUCAAUAUGGACUCCCUUCUUAAUUACACUACCCCCGACAAAAUAAAAUUGUAAUAUUUUAAUAUUUUUAAAUUUUUGUAAUAUCAUG